AUGUCAAUACGACGGGAUGCUGAAGACGACAAGACAGUCGCACGUCAUCACAUUGAUUCUCACCAUACAGCUUUACAUCCAGAAUUGCGUCCAGAAGCCGCUGAGGCAGCUCGGAGAAUUGGAAACACCAUUGACUCGGGCUUUCGAAGCAAGGAUGAGUACUACAAAGCUCGCAGGCAAAUGCUGGACAUGGACAGGGCUGUCGGCUUUGACCACAAGUGCCGGAGUAGAGCCUCAAGGCUUGAGGAGGAAGUGGACAAGAUCAUCCAAUCUUUGAAGAACCAAGACUGCACAGAGGUUUAUGGCAAGGCUCCCGCGCGUACAGGAUUCGGCGGCCAGCUUCACAAGCGCAUCCCCGGAGACCACUUUCUCUCCAACGUGGAUCUGAUCGGACAAACGGAGAUCUUCAACAUUGCCCGGAGGAUGCCCAAGGGAAGCCACUUGCAUAUCCACUUCAAUGCCUGCUUGCAACCCCAAGUGCUGCUUAACAUUGCCAAGGAUAUGGAGCGCAUGUGCAUCAGCAGCGAUCUCCCACUUGUCUCCAACAAUCAUUAUGAGAACUUUGACCGAUGUGAGAUCCAGUUCUCGAUUAAGGCCGUCGGUUGCGCCACCCAAGGCAAUCUCUUCUCUUCAAACUACGAAGCCCGCCAGUGGAUGAAGUUUUCAGAGUUUCUGAGACUUUUCCCAAGAAAAUACCGCAAGACAACAAAUGCCAACGCGAUGAAGUGGCUCUCUUCAAAGCUGGUAUUUCAGGACGAAGAGGCACACAAUUGCCUUCAGACAGCAGAGGGUGCUUGGGAGAAAUUCAACGGACGAACAAGGAUGAUGAAGGGUCUCUUCAACUAUGAGACAGCCUACAGAAGGUACACACGGUUGUUCCUCGAGGAUCUGAUGCACGACAACAUCCAAUACGCAGAGAUCCGACCAAACUUUAUGAGCACCAACCAACUGUGCCGUGACGAUGGGACUGGUUCCAUCGACAACCGCGGCAUCAUGAACAUCAUUAUCAGCGAAGUCGAGAAGUUCAAGGCAGAGAUGGCCAGAGGAAACAGGCUCUUCCAGGGUCUCAAAGUCAUCUACUGCACCCCCCGAUCCUUCUCACCCGAAAAGGUGAAGGAGGCACUGGAUGAAUGCAUCCAGUUCAAGCAGGAAUGGCCUCAGUGGAUUGCCGGUUUUGAUCUCAUUGGAGAGGAGUGCAAGGGGAGACCUCUCAAGGACUUCAUUCCUGAACUGCUCGAGUUCCAGGACAACUGCAGGAAUCUGAACCUAGAUAUUCCUUUCCUUUUCCACUGUGGCGAGACGCUCGAGAUUGGCACCGACACCGAUGCCAACCUGGUCGACGCUCUUCUCCUCAACUCAAAGCGAAUCGGUCACGGCUAUGCCUUGGCCAAACACCCAUACAUCAUGCAGCAGAUGAAGGCACGCGGUGUCUGUCUUGAGCUCUGCCCCAUCUCAAACGAGAUCCUGGGCCUGACUCCACGAGCAAGUGGACAUUCCAUGUAUGACCUGCUCGCAAACAACGUCCACUGCACUGUUAGCUCGGACAACGGAACGAUCUUCAGAUCUACUCUAUCACACGAUUUCUACCAGGUCAUGAUUGGAAAGAACGACAUGGGACUCGCAGGAUGGAAGCAGCUCAUCCUGUGGAGCAUCGAACACUCCUGCAUGAAUGAUGCAGAGCGAGAAACAGCACUUGAGCAAUGGAACCAGGAGUGGGAGGAGUUCCUCAAGUGGGUUGUGCUCACCUACCGCUCAUACAGAGACGAGCGCCUGUAA